AUGACAUUUCCAACCAAAGAAGAAGUCAACUUUGCUCUCCGGUUUGAAAACUUUGACCUGCCAAACUAUGGCAAAGAGUCAAGCUGCAAUUUUAAAAACAUCCUAGAAGGCUACGCGAGUACAAAGACCGGUUAUCGUUUGCCAAAUGUCCACACCUUACAUACCCAGGUUCACAUAGUCGUGGGUGGAGCCAUGGGGGAUGUACUUUCAGCUUCAAACGAUCCGAUCUUUCCUCUUCAUCAUUUCUUUGUAGACCGUAUUUAUGAGAAAUGGCUUCGCAAGUUCAACAAGAACGCUUCGGUUCUUUCAACCGAAAAUUCACCCAUAGGACACAACAAAGAUGACGUCAUUGUACCACUUUAUCCUGUGUAUACUCAUCAACAGAUGUUUAAGAAGUCUUUCGGGUUUGGUUAUGACUACGACGAUGUCGACGAGAAUGGUAAGUACAAAUGA